AUGGCGGAUCUCUCUCUUCCUCAUGAUUCUCUUUUCCUCGGAUUCGACAGUUCUACUCAGUCAUUGAAAGCAACUGUGUUGGACUCAGAGCUGAACAUAGUGACGACCGAGCUCGUUCAUUUCGAUUCCGACCUUCCUCACUACAAAACCAAAGACGGUGUUUACAGAGACGCCAACGUCAACGGCAGGAUCGUGUCCCCUACUCUCAUGUGGGUGGAGGCAUUGGAUCUCAUCCUCCAGAAGCUCUCCAGUGCCAAUUUCGAUUUCAGCAAAGUCGUUGCGGUUUCAGGAAGCGGGCAGCAACACGGCAGCGUCUACUGGCGAAACGGUAGCUCCGAGAUAUUGCAAUCGUUGGACUCAAAGACAUCUUUAAAGGAACAGCUUGAAAACGCCUUCUCUGUCAAGGAGUCUCCGAUAUGGAUGGAUAGCAGCACCACAGUAGAGUGUAAAGAGAUUGAGAAUGCUGUGGGAGGAGCCAUGGAGCUGUCGCAGAUCACUGGCUCUCGUGCUUACGAACGUUUCACUGGUCCGCAGAUACGGAAGCUUUUUAAAGAAGAGGCGGGUACGUAUGAGAGCACGGAGAGGAUAUCUCUUGUUAGCUCCUUCAUGGCGUCUUUGUUGAUUGGAGGUUAUGCUUCGAUUGAUGAGACUGAUGCAGCUGGGAUGAAUUUGAUGGAUAUCAAGAAACGUUGUUGGUCUAACGCUGCUUUAGAGGCUACAGCUACAGGUUUGGAGGAGAAACUUGGAAAGUUGGCUCCAGCUUAUGCUACUGCUGGUUCUAUUUCUCAGUAUUUUGUUCAGAGAUUCGGUUUUGAGAAGAAGUGUGUGGUGGUGCAGUGGUCAGGAGAUAAUCCUAAUAGCUUGGCAGGUCUGACUCUUAGUACUCCUGGAGAUCUAGCGAUCAGUCUUGGGACGAGUGAUACGGUAUUUGGGAUAACGAAAGAGCAUCAAGCAAGUCUUGAGGGACAUGUGUUUCCUAAUCCUGUGGACCCGGAGAGUUACAUGGUAAUGUUGGUUUACAAGAAUGCUUCUCUCACACGUGAAGAAAUCCGUGACCGUUGCGCUGAGGGAUCUUGGGAUGUGUUUAACAAGUACUUGCAACAAACACAGCCACUAAACGAUGGGAAACUCGGCUUUUACUACACUGAAAAUGAAAUCCUCCCUCCUCUUCCCGCUGGCUCUCAUCGUUACGUUCUUGAGAACUUCUCCGGUGCGUCUCUUAAGGGUGUGAAGGAGCGAGAGGUCGAUGAGUUCGACCCUCCCUCAGAGGUUAGAGCAGUGAUUGAAGGUCAGAUUCUUUCAAAGCGGGCUCACGCGGAGAGAUUCGGUAUGCCUUCUCCUCCAUUCAGAAUAGUAGCCACAGGAGGUGCAUCUGCCAACGAGAACAUUCUGAGUCUGAUCUCGGCAAUCUUUGGAUGUGAUGUAUACACUGUACAAAGGCCUGAUUCAGCAUCACUUGGAGCUGCACUGAGAGCUGCUCAUGGGUGGCUCUGCAACAAGAAAGGAAGCUUUGUGCCCAUCUCAAAUCUAUACGAGGGGAAAUUGGAGAAGACGUCUUUAAACUGCAAGCUCAAGGUAAAAGCAGGAGACGAGAAGGUGGCUUCCACCUACGGUUUGUUGAUGACCAAGAGGAUGGAAAUUGAGAAGCAGCUUGUGGACAAGUUAGGACACUUCUGA